AUGGGAAGGCGGCGAAGGCGCAUGGCUGCUGAGGCGGAGAUGGUGGGGGGAGUGGGGGGGAGAGAUGGGGGAGGAGAGGGGGCGGAAGGGCAUGCAGUAGAAGGGGAGGAGGACGGACAGCCCACGAGCCACAGUGUGUUUGUGAAGAACCUAAGCUUUUCCGCAACAGAGGCGCAGCUUAAGGAGCACUUGGAGAAGCUCCUCAGAAGCAAGCAAGCAGGAGCGGAUGGGAAGGGCCCAGCGGUUCGUAGCAUCACGUCAUGUAACGCUGCUCUUCCCUCGCCCACCUUGCAUGUCAACCCCCGGCAGAUAAAGAAGCGGGUGCGGAACGGCACGCAGCUAUCCAUGGGGUUCGGAUUCAUGGAGUUUGGCUCAGUGCUCGCUGCACACCGCGCUGCAGGUCGUGGAUCACUGCACACCAUGCAUGCAAGCUCCUGCAGUCACUUUCCUUUCCCAUCUUCCUCUCUCUCACCUUCCCUUCUCCUAUUUCGCCAUUGCCUUUUCCCCCAACCAUUUGAGUCCACCAAAGGAGACAUGUAG